AGCUGAAAAAAUAUCAAUGAAACAGUUGUCCAUGCACAAUCACAUGUUUUAUUAGUGCUACAACGCAUGCAUGUACUCUUCUGCUUUUGGCUGCUUUCAAUGUAAUUCCAACAGGCAAAUUUCUAAGAAAUCACUGACGGUGCUACCACUUCGGAUUCUGCAUCUUCUAUAAAUUCCCUACAAAUUAGUAAGCAUUUCUGGGCGUACCAAAACCUGUACUGCUAUACAACAUAUCACAGAGAAACCUUUGACCAAAUGUCCCAAAGAUUAGCCAAAGUUCCCAAAGAGGGAGCGACACAGCAAAGCAAGAUAAGAUUAGUCCUAUUCCCUCUACCCUUGCAAGGCCAUAUUACACCAAUGUUCCAUCUAGCCACUCUUCUCCACUCAAAAGGUUUCUCAAUAACUAUCACCCAAACAAAAUAUAAAUCUCUUGAUCCUACCCUAUUCCCGCACUUCACCUUUCACCUCCUAGAUGAUGGCUUGCCUGAUAAUGCCACAUUCGAUCCAAAUAAUCACACCAUGAUCCUAGACACCCUAAACACAAACUGCUCAGAACCGUUCAGAAAUUGCUUAACCCAGAUUUUGAGCAAGGAGCCCAUUGCUUGCCUUAUUACAGAUCCUAUGUGGUCAUUCACAAAGUCUGUUGCCAGUAGCCUCAGCCUUCCCAGGAUCGUGCUGAGGUGUGCUAGCAUGUCUACCUUUUACGUUUAUCAUUCCCUGCCAUUUCUACGAGAAAAGGGUUACUAUCCUCUCCAAGAGACUAAAUCUGAUGAGCCAGUACCAGAGCUUCCACCACUCAAAGUCAAAGACCUACCUCCAGAAGCAAAACAUAACCUCUUGGUUGAUAUAAUUACAGAAAUGGAGAAUUCACAAGGUAUCAUCUGCAACACUUUUGAGGAACUUGAAGAUUUUUAUAUAACAAGAGUACACCAAGUCCUUCCCAUCCCCAUCUUUGCAGUAGGUCCAAUACACAAAAACUCACCAAGUUUUCAGGCUAGCAUAUGGACGCAAGAUCAUACAUCCAUUUCAUGGCUAGAUACACAAGCCCCCAAGUCAGUGCUCUAUGUUAGUUUUGGAAGCAUGGUACAAGUGAGCAAAGCUGAUUUUGUAGAGAUAGCCUGCGGAUUAGCCAACAGCAAGCAGCCGUUCCUAUGGGUAGUUCGUCAUGGCUCGAUUGAAGGAUCAGAUGAAAUUGAUCCACUCCCCUUGCCAGAGGGUUACUUAGACACAAUAGGUCAAAGAGGGAAUAUUGUUAACUGGGCACCUCAACAAGAAGUAUUAGCCCACCCUGCAGUAGGAGGUUUCUGGACUCAUUGUGGAUGGAACUCAAUUAUGGAGAGUAUUAGUGAAGGUGUACCAAUGCUUUGCCUACCUUUCUUUGCUGAUCAGAAUAUAAACACGAGGCACAUAAGCGACCAUUGGAGGAUCGGAAUGGAGCUGGACAAGGGAGUGAAAAGAGGUGAAAUAGAGAGAGCAAUCAGAAAACUGAUGGUGGAAGAAGAAGGUGAAACAAUGAGAAAUAGAAUCACAGCUCUGAAAGAAAAAGCAACUCUUUCUGUCAUGGAAGGUGGCUCCUCAUACAAAUCCUUGGAGAAUCUCACUAAUUAUCUAUUGUCAUUCUAAUCAAUGUAUCCAUUGUAUGAGAUCGCACGUAAGUGUGCAUCAUGCUCUGAAGAAAAUAAACAGUGUCAAUGUUAAAAGGAGCAUACUAGCAUGUGGAAGAACUUUAUGAAAGACUCUUUAAAUAUAUACAGUAUCAUAGAUUUGCAACUACCAAAUAUAGAACAUUUAGUAUCUUCUAACAUAAAUUUUUGAG